AUGUGUUGUUCAAAAUGGGGGUGGUGUGGUCAUGGUCGUGACUAUUGUGGUGUUGGUUGUCGAUCAGGAGCUUGUUGGUCAGGUGGCAGUGAUAAAGGUAGAGAUGGAGGUGGAGUUGGAGUAAGUGGUUCCUAUAGUGGAAGAUGUACAUAUUACAAUGUUCAUGUUGGACUUACAGCAUGUGGUACACGACAUGGUGAUCAUGAAAACAUUGUUGCAAUGAAUUCGGCUCAAUUUGAUCCUCACACACCAAAUGGAAAUCCAAAUCGUAAUUCCUUAUGUGGUCGAAGAAUACAAGUAAAUGGUCCCCGUGGUUCAACUGAAGUUCAAGUAGUCGAUAGAUGUCCAGGUUGUCCAUAUGGUGGUUUAGAUUUAUCACCUGCAGCAUUCCAGAAAGUUGCUGGAAACCUUGAUGUGGGUGUUGUUCAUGUCACAUGGAAUUGGAAAUAA